CUCAAAGAGCACGUUGAGUCACCUGACAGAUAUCAGCCUAUCAUAUCCGAGAGGAUAGGCGAACGGCUAGUGCAGUGGAGAGUUGUCAGGAUUUAGCUUCGGUGUGUCAAAACGGGAACGACGGCGGUUAUUUUUGUGCAAUGCCGAAUAAAGCGAAAAAAGAGAAGGACUCUCCUAAAUAUGGAAAAGUUGGCAAAACUGGAGGACAAGAGAACUCGGACAUUGAGCAGGGCUCCAACAGAAAAGGCAGUAACAGUGUCCCUCCUACCACUCAGCUGCUGAAGGGCAAGCAGCUGGGUUCCCAGAUGCCUGUCAAGAAGGACAAGAGGCAGAGCUCGUCCCGCUUCAGCCUCAGCAACAACAGAGAGCUGCAAAAGCUACCCGCCUUCAAAGAUGUCCCUGCGGCGGAGCAGGAAAAGCUGUUUGUCCAGAAGCUGCGUCAGUGCUGUGUCCUCUUUGACUUUUUGUCGGAUCCUCUGAGUGACCUGAAAUGGAAGGAGGUGAAGCGGGCUGCGCUCAGCGAGAUGGUGGAGUACAUCACCCACAACAGGAACGUCAUCACAGAGCCCAUCUACCCAGAGGUGGUGCACGUGUUUGCAGUGAACAUGUUCAGGACGUUGCCUCCAUCGUCCAACCCCACAGGGGCGGAGUUUGACCCGGAGGAGGAUGAGCCCACGCUAGAGGCAGCGUGGCCACACCUACAGCUCGUCUACGAGUUUUUCCUCCGGUUUCUAGAGUCUCCAGACUUUCAACCAAAUGUAGCAAAGAAGUAUAUCGACCAGAAAUUUGUAAUGCAGCUAUUGGACCUGUUUGACAGUGAAGACCCCAGGGAAAGGGACUUUCUAAAGACCACUCUGCAUCGCAUCUACGGCAAGUUCCUGGGCCUAAGAGCGUACAUCAGGAAACAGAUAAAUAACAUAUUUUAUAGCUUCAUUUAUGAAACGGAACAUCAUAAUGGAAUAGCAGAGUUGUUGGAAAUAUUAGGAAGCAUAAUCAAUGGGUUUUCCUUACCAUUGAAAGAGGAGCACAAGAUAUUCCUGUUGAAGGUGUUGCUGCCUUUACACAAAGUCAAGUCCCUUAGUGUCUAUCACCCGCAGCUGGCGUACUGUGUGGUGCAGUUUCUAGAGAAGGACAGCACCCUCACGGAACCGACAGUGAUGGCUCUGUUGAAGUACUGGCCAAAGACCCACAGUCCAAAGGAGGUGAUGUUCCUCAACGAGCUGGAGGAGAUGUUGGACGUCAUCGAACCCUCUGAGUUUGUCAAGGUCAUGGAGCCCCUCUUCAGACAGCUGGCCAAGUGUGUGUCCAGCCCACACUUCCAGGUGGCAGAGAGAGCGCUGUACUACUGGAACAACGAGUACAUCAUGAGUCUGAUCAGUGACAAUGCCGCCAGAAUCCUUCCUAUCAUGUUCCCCUCGCUCUACCGCAACUCCAAGACCCACUGGAACAAGACGAUCCACGGUCUGAUCUACAACGCCCUGAAGCUCUUCAUGGAGAUGAACCAGAAGCUAUUCGACGACUGCACACAGCAGUUCCGAGCAGAGAAGAACAAAGAGAAGGCCAAGUGGAAAGAGCGAGAAGAAGCGUGGGUGAAGAUCGAGAAUCUGGCCAAGUCCAAUCCUCAGUUCCCGGUGUACGUGGACCAGUCAGGCCUUGGUAGUCCCAUGGAGACAGACGGACCAAUGAUGGAGGACUUCAACAUGCUGAAGAAGACUAUAGAGGAAGAGGCCACACAGCUCCAGAGGAACGAGCGUAAGGAGCAUCCGCUGGUCAGGAGGAAGUCUGAGCUGCCUCAAGACAUUUCCACCGUCAAUGCCCUGGAGACACACCGGAGGGCCGAGGACAUGGUAACACCACACGAUGGCCACUAGAGACCACACACAGUACAGUCCGAUUCACACUGACAGUCCGAUGCACACUGACAGUCCGAUACGGACGGAAGGACACGACAGACGGACCAGCACAGAAGAGAAGAGAACAGAAUGACCUGGCUGAAAAAAUCUGGAGCUCAAAUCAAAUCAGCACAACUACUUAGCCCAGUCCAACUAUGACAGUUGAUCCCCAGUCCACUCCAGCCCUGCGCAACAGAUGUCAAUGGCACAGGACGUUAUGGCAUGACCAAACAUGACAUUGUUUCCCUCGCCCCACCUCCCUAUCCAUCCCUCUGUUCUGCUCUCGCUGUCUUGUAAAAGCGCUCUAGGGUGCAGUGGUGCCCCCUUCUGGUAAUUUCUCAGGUUUUCUUUUCUUGUUUCUAUUUGUUGGUUUGUUUCUGUUCUUUUUCUCUCAUUAAUGAUGUCAUGUGCUUUGGAAAUCCGACUGGCGAAUAGACAUGUAUUAUGCUGUACGUAAUGGGCGAAGGAAGAAGCAGCUUGGUUGAAGACCACUUUUUAUUUUCUUCCCAUCUCUCUCUACUUGAGCAUAGAAAGGAAAGCACCGUACUUCUUCCUCAGAGCCCCAUUACAGCUGCUUUUCCCAUGAGCUUUACCCUUCUCUCUCUGUGUGCAUUUUUCUUUGUUCUGCUAUGAUUGGAUAGGAGGAGAAGCAAGGGGGACAGACGGCGGACUGUCUGUUGGUCAACAGAGGUUGUAAUGGAGUUGUGGGGAUUUAAAUGUGCUGGCCUGAGGAAGGUUGAGGCUGAGGGACAGGAAGGGGUUCUUCUGUCCUCUACUGGAUAUCUGCUGGUCUGUACAAACAGUUUGGUGCCAACUUCACUUUUUUAAAAUCUGAAUGAUAUUGUAGGCAAUAAGUUGACCCACGUUGCAGUGUGUUUGGGUUGUUCACACAAUGGUCAAUGGUUUUCUGGAUCCAUUGGGGUUUACUGUCCAUGUAAAAACAAAAGACAGACUCCGUCUGUGUACUUCACAAUCCCCAUUAGUCUUUCAGUCCUCAUUAAUAUUGAUCAAUGUUAUCCAACUCCUGUCAUGUUAUUGAUGUGAAAACUCCAAGGUCUAAUUUUAUAGUUCAGUGUUUACAGACUCCCAUUUUGAGUUUUAGUGUGUGAGAGUGGGACAAGAGGAACUGAACUGGGCUACACACAGAGGAAUACUCAUAGCUGUUUUUUCUACUCUUCAUAACCAAAACCCCUUUCUUUCUGAUGUUGCUGUUAUGUGUUAGCAAGUAGUAGGCUAGUUCAGCCAUAUAAAGACCAUUCUGUCUGGAGAAACCGAGUCGAAUUUGAACACAAGCCUUUCUUUUCAUAGUGCCUUUAUUGUACAUGGGGGACAUCGGCUUAACUGGGAAAGAAUAGAAGACUAACGUUAUUUGAAGGCCAAACUAUGUUUAAUUCAUCAUUAGCUUCCCAACAGACAAGAGAGAGGGAGAGAGACGUCGAAACACACUGCCCCAGAGUAUUGUUAAAUCUACAAAGCUGAUGAUGAUGGUGGUCAAGCUAGAGAGGAGUGGAGUAGCCCCAAUGACUUAACAUGGAAGGACUUCCUGACUUUUAAAACAUGAACAAUAAAAAUAUCCAAAAUGAGUCAGUCAUGCUGUGUGGUCUGCUCGGUUCUGUCAGUCCCUCUGUGUGCCCGACGAAUAACGUGUAUAGAAGGAUGCUUCCCAAUUAACCUCUAAUUCCCCAUUCCAUUUAGGAUCUAUCCCAAAUGGCAACUUAUUCCCCUAGAGCCCUAUAGACCUUGAUCAAAAGUAGUGCACUAUAUAGGAAAUAGUGUGCCAUUUGAGAUUCUAUCAAGAGUAUUGAUGUCUGUUGAAGUACCAUUGUUUGUACCCCCAGACAGACAAGAACUCUGGCUGUAUCCCUGUAGAGAAGCUCACCAUCCAGGUGGUGCUCCUGUGUAUGUUUGUGUGUGUGAGACUGCUUCGGGAUGCUUGCAGGGUCUAUUCCUUUGCCUGCAAAUUCUAUUAUUUGCCUGUUCAAAUUGAAUGUGCAAAUGGUAGAUUUACUACCAUGAUCACGUUUUGUGGUUUCUUUUUUAAAGAAAUAACAUUCACCCAUUUAUGCCAUCCCCUUCCACUCCCAACUAUUUUGCUGUACAAUUACUAAAAGGAAGUCUAGAGUGCUUUUAUAGAUGGCACAAACAACUGGAUGGCUUCAGGGUUGUGGUCAAUUCACUUACAAUUUCAUAAAUUAAGGAAGUAAACUUAAAUUCCAAUUCAUUGCUUCUCAAAGAAGAGAAUUGGCUCUUCAGUUGACUUCCUGAAUUGACAAAGUAGAAUGGUUCCCAACCCUGUCUGUUCCUGAGAACCAAGGACUUCACUUUGGUGACAUCAAAUGGCUUUAAUAUUAUAGUUUCUUUGGAGCCCUCUUUAUAUUUUACAUAAGCACAUUUUUUUUUUUUUUUUUUUCAAAAGAAUAAUACUGCAAGUGUCCUUUUGGUAGACAUCCUGUACUUAAUGGCUUAAUCUACUAUUGUACAUAUAAUGUACUUUUAUUUGAUCUGUGUAUUAUUAAAUGGUAGAUGCCCCUGUGUACAUACAGGAAACAAAGGUUAUUAGCUACUGCAGACCGUUUGGAUGUGGCACAGACUUCAAUAUGUGACUAUUUUGCAUUUAGAGCAGUUAAGAAUUUGAAUUAUAAUAUUUUUUUAUCGCUUUGUAAUUAAAUUUGUUUUACAGCAUUUAAAAAAUGUGAAGUGAUCCCACAUUAGCAUUUUGUGAGCGCUUUUAUAAAAUAAAAAAACAGCUGUGUACAUCAACA